GUGGACUGCAGGCUGCGAGUGGGAAUAGCACGUCUGUUGUCCACGCGGAUCUCAAUGCACCAGAUGCCAUGGCCUCCAAGUUAGUCCAGCUGUCUCUGUCGUGUGUUGCGGAGUUGACCUUGGAUCGCCCAACAUGAGCCAGGUAAUAGUUGAGCUUGAAACUCUGAGCAAGGGAUUCAUGGGUGGAAAACAGGAGAGAGUAGCUAGGCAGUUGGAUGCUUGUAUGCAAACCUCUCGUUUAGGCAGAUGUCUGGAAGAGGAGAUCGAUGUGAUCAGGAGCACGCAU